UCGAUACCGUUUUAUCGCCCAGGCCUAGUUGCAUGUAUGGAAAGGUUGUGCCAGGUUGUAUGCCCUAUUAUGUUGAAUGUGUGAUUCAGUCUGGUUAUUUUUCGCACAGAAGGUGAGUGAAUGAGGACAGGAUCAGGACCGGAUGCUUCCACGAGUCAUAGUUCAGCCUCAGACUCUUCUUCACUGUUUCUCUGUAAUGCCCUGACUGUGAGCUUUCCAUCAGUUGUGUAAUAAAGGCAGAGGUUUGCGUUGCGCUCUUGGGUCUGUGUCAUGCUCAGCGAUGUCCCGCGAGUGUGACGGCAGACGUGCUGAUCUUCUGUCUCCUCUCUCUCUCUUAGGUUAUGCCCUCAUGCCCGCCGGCAGGUCUGACCUGUCUGACUCCAGUGAGAUCUCUUCGCGCUCCAGCAUCGUCAGUAAUGGCUCUGUGGACUCCAUGCCAGCAGCGCCCGCCAUCAACGUCCCAUCAGAGACGCCCGCAAACUCUCCAGCCGACUGCAGUCAGCCCGGCACGAGUUCAUCUUCAGCUCUACACCUUGUCGUGAGGGAGACCAGCUUCACGUUCUCCAGCAGCGCGGAGGAGCUGACGGUGCCCGAGCAAACCUCCGUCUCUGAGCUGGCCGACAGCGGCCGCGGGAGCUGGACCUCCUGCUCUAGUAACUCCCACGACAGCCUCCAGACUCUUCCAAGCCAGCGAGCUCUGGACCUGCUCAACCAUCGCCACACGCCCAUGGGCGGCCCGAUCGCCGAGGUGGAGAUCGGCCCGGGUUUGCCAGAGGACAGCUGCUCCAGAGACGGAUCUGAGCUCAGUCAAUCCAGACAGAGCUGGACGUCCUGCAGUUCUCUGUCGGACACCUACAAGGGCAGCUACGGCACCGUCAAACGCAAGACACAAGAUCAGCAAAGCACAGAUGCUUCGUACAAGACGAUCACGUCCAGUACAGAGAAGGGACUCAUAGGUGAGCUUCAGCUUCUGCGUGUGACACCAGCAGAUUUCACUGUCCUCUCAUUAGAUGAUAAAUGUGCAGCUCUUCUGGCUCGCUUGUGUCUUGUUAGCUCUAGGACACUUAUAUGAGUAGAGAGAUUCACCCGGGACGUCCUGCGCUUUCCACAAAAAAGGCACAAACUGGUGUCACAUAAUUAUGUGAUAUAUUUAAUCAAAGUCAAAUAUGUUUGUAUGGAGCUUUUCACAAGACACAUGGUUACUGCUUUAACAGAGCGAGUUUCAGUGCUGGCCGAUAUGACAAUAUAUAACAAUGAUAUUUGAUAUAUUAUAUAUAUAUUAUAGUCAGGGAUGCACAUAAGUGGUGUGUUGCACUGGGUAAGUCAUUUUAGAUAGACUAACUGUAAUACUGUAUAGGAUUUCCAUUU